AUGUCGUGGCUGUAUGGGACCAUCCUUCUGGUAUUGAUUGGACAAACGUUUGGAAAUGGCAAGCCUGCAGUACGUGUGCGAGUCACACAAAAAGGUCUUGACUAUGGUAUGUUUGUUAAAUGUGUUCCUUAUGGUUUAGGGCAUAGGGAGUUUGAAUUUGCCCUCGUGUCGACCUUACCCUUUCUUGAUGAAACCAUGACGUUCAAAAAUUAAAUCGUUAUGGUUACAACAUAAUUCGUCUGUAGUUGAGAUCAAUAGAAGUAUAGAACACCCUUUAAGUUAGCGUUAAAUGGAAUUGCCUCAUUCUCUAAAAAAUCCCUUUUAUUCUUGUCCGGGAACAGACCAAUUCUCGAAUUAAAAUUGCUCUGGAGAACUGGAAGAACGAGGCAGUUCAAUAACAUAUAGAGGGUUGUAUACUUCAAUUGAUCCCGAAUAUUAGAAAUAGUAUUGACAAUGAUUCGCUUACUCUUUCACAUCGUAAAUUCUUGACGGAAAAACAUGAUAGUUAUUAUGUUAUAAGCGGAUAAGAUUAGGGUUGCGAAUUUCUUGAAACUACAAAAACAUUUCAACGGAGUUGGUAUAUUUUCUUCAUCGCUUUUAUAACUUAACUUUUUAGCUUUAAAUUUGCUACAAUACCGACUUUACUGUUGGAAAUCAAUAAUCCUCACGAGUUAUAAUUAAUACUUUAUCACUUCUAAAAUGCCGCUCAUUGCGAGGUUGAUUGCCUCUAAAAAUUGUCUUUUUUGUUCUGAUAAACGGAAUUUAUUAAAGAACGAGGCGAUUCCGUUUUUUGGAUUGUAAUCAUCCGUGGUCGUAACAGACCACAAUUGAGUCGACAAACUAAAUAUUUUGUGGCCAUACUGUGAAGAUAGAUUCUGAUGUCAAGGUGUCUUCUAACACCAAACAAUUUUACUAGCAAACAAUCAAAGUUAGUUGCAAAUGGGACAGGCCACCAAAUGAUUCCAACAGCACAAAUAUCUCCAGCACAAAUAUAACCAUCGUAUAAAAAAGCUUCUGUAAUUGUGGGGGUACAGAAGUUUGUUGUAAUAAGAUGUGGGUGAGAGAUCAAAGUAAUACGUCGUCGUGUGAGGUCACUUUUAACACGCCAAUUAACGGCUUAUAAUUAGGUGCCAUUUUCCUGGUGCAUGCCAGUUUUGAUUUAAUCAUAUCUUGAUUAUAUAAGCUGUAUGUAAAUAUUUGGUUGUAGAAAAAAUACAAGGAUGGAUGGAAUGCGCAAAGUUUGACGCAAUUUUACUGCGGGACCAUGCUUAAUUUGCAUGAAGUGCGCCAUUCAGCGUUUAGCGCAGUUGGUGCAAUUAGCCCCAGGUGUUGACAUGGCAUAGACAUAAGUCGAGGGGAAAUGUCGAGGUUCGUGGAGAGUCGUGACUCGUAAACACGCAUUGCAAAGUCUUUGAUUCAGUCGUAAAUAUAAACACGACAACCUAAAUGAGGAAAAACAAUUUUCUACAUUUUGUGUUAAGACCCUUCAUCAGGGAGUGAGUUGGCAAGACGUUCGCGGCACAAUGACAAAAGCAUAUUUCUUGACGAAACCUCGCGACCCUCGAGUGCAGUCCAUCCACACACUGCUAGAAAAACAUCGGAAAUUGCUAUGGAUGAAAGGUCGCGGUCACACUAGCGCUAGAAUCGUGCUUGCUUGAACUAAAUCCACUUGAAUCGCUCAACACAUCACCUUCCAAGCGCGCUUGCCAGUGUGACCGCGCAAAACACAAAACCCAAGCAUGGUUGAAAUCUGACACGAUUUGCUUGAAAUUUCAAAGGCGCCGAAGCACGAUCCAAACACACUACAGGGUAUGUUUGAAUCGUGCUAGAAUGUGUAUCUCAAGUGGAUUAAAUAAUUCAGCCAAUAAAAUAUGGAGUUUUAGGAGGCAAAUAGACAAGUCAUUUCAACAUGUCAUUUUUAAUUUGAAUAGAGACAGAACCGCGGUAGAUUCGAACUAUUUUGCUUACACAACAACGCGCUAAGCAGUGAAUCGAAUGAAUAAACGGUAUUUCUGUAUGGAAACCUGAAGCAGAAACCAAAUUCAAAAUUUCAAAGUAAUUUAGUUCUUGCCCGUGUAAUUAUAUUAUAUAAUAUACAAUGUUAACAUCCCUAUUGAUACAUAUAAUAUGAUAAUGAAUAACGAUCGGGCAAGCGAUUUGCGCCUGAACUAAGGACAAAGACACAUUUCUCUUAUGUUCUAAAGUCUAAACUUAGUUAGACCUACGAAAUCACAAGAAUAAUGCGUAUUCGUUGCCUUUAAUAUAAUGGACUUUAGAUUAUUAGAUAGGUUUUUAAUUUUUAUCUGUCAACAACAGCAAGCAAGCAAACGUUGCUUUUUUGAGUGUGACCGCGACGUGCUUGUCUUACAUUCUAGCAUGAGCUUGGUAUGUGUUCAAGCAAGCACGCUAAUCCGGUGGUAAUCUCCAAGCACAAGCGCUAGUGUGACCGCGACCUUUAGUUUACAUCGUUUUAUGUUUGUUUAACUUUGACCUGUAUUGACAGGGUACACACUACGCUGUAGGUAGCGUACUAGAACUCGCAUGUUGUUUAUUCUACCAGAUUAACUUGAUUGUUAAACUCGCACAUGCUGGGUAAAAUACACUCCCCCACUGUCCUGGCACUCACCUUUACAUACGGUGCCCAUUUCCACACGGUAGGAAGCACUAAGCCAUAAACUGUACCCAGUGGGAAGCAACAUUCAGAAAUCAAUUGAAUUUUUCGUCUAGAAAACCCGAAAACAGUUUCUUGUCAACGUAGCCACGUAGGUAACUGUUCUAGAUUAGGCCGAGAUAUUCUAGAAUGGUUUCUACAAUUCAUUUCUACUUAAUAUGCGUUGAAAUCAGCUUUUGUUGCAGCAAUUUUGUAGAUUUGCUGCAAGUCGAUUCUACUGUAAUCUACAUGCCGUGUCAAGUAGUUUCUGGAGUUCUAGCUAUUAGUUGAGUAGAUGAGUUUCUCUUGUUUGCAAAAGUACAAAUCCCAUUUUGGUAAUGUUGACGUAUUUAACUCAUUUAUAGCAAUUGACAGCGCUAUGAAGUAUGCCAAAACACAGCUAGAAAACUACCCUUUGCCAGACACGAAAGGAAAAAUUUCCAAUUUUGCCUUUGACGUAAAUUACGCCUUUUCCAAGUAAGUUGUACUUAUAGGAAGAUUACUUCACGAUCAAAGAGUGUCCCGCACAUGAACGUCGUAAAUGCAUUGUGCGUCAUCCAACACGGGUGACCCUGGCAAUGCACCCUGGUGCUCCCUAUUAUUUUCUAAAUUCGCUAUAAUUCUCUUUCAGCAUGACUGUAUAUAAUAUUAACAUCACGAACAAAUCUCUGCGCCCAGUACCAAGAAAAGGAUUGUAUACUCUUUUAAGAAACGUUGAUUUUGAUAUCAAAGGAAAGUGGAAAAUCAAUUUGGCGAGUUGGUAAGUUUAACUCAUCUUACAAAAGAAAGAAGACAUCCACCUAAUUUAGAAAUAUGCCUUUCCACAUUUGUGAAUAAAUAAAUAUACAAACUUGAAAUUUCCAGGUUUACCAAUUCUGGUACUUUCAGUGUUGCAGUUCAAGGCAUGUCUGUUGGGAUUCUUAUCCACCUAGGUUUGUAAAACAAUGAAUGUAAUGUUUCGCUUAGCAUUAUCUGUAGUAGAUGGUGCUCGACCGCUAGUUUUGACCAGAGUGAUGAAAUAAUGUGAAUUUAUUUCUGUAGUAGUUUUGUAUUUGAUGGCAAAAUGGCAGAUUCUCCUUUCUUCCUGCUGUCCCAAAACGCUUACUGAAAGUUUUUAAUCUAAAUAUGUCUGUUUCAGGUGUAAAUGGUGAUCGGCUUGUCGUUUCCGAUAUAAAGUGUGCUUCAAAACUUGAAAACAUUGACAUCGAUCUGAAAUCAGGACAAGCUACAAGGUGAAAGCAACACUUACAAUUUUGGGAUGCGUCGCUGUAAAUUCCCAUUAAGUCCCUACCCCCUAGGGUUUAUUUAUUUCAGGCACGUUUGAGGGGUGGGUGAACUUAAUUGAAAAGGAGCUUGACAACUGCCUUUCUCUAGAAAAGAGGGCUUAUUUGAGAGGACGCUUAUACGUUUUCGGUGGCAGUUCGAACUUCAGCAAUGCUUAUUAAAAAUUGUUAUGGAAGUAAAAUAAACUACAUCCAUGAUUUCUGGUCACGAUGCAGUAGCUAAACUAUUUUCCAAUGCAGCAGCUAAAAAUGUCCCAUUAUUCUAUUGCGGCUCGUUUUGAAAAAAACACUUGCCAUCGUCCAACUUUUCUUUCUUCCGUUUCUGCCUUUCUUUAUCCAGAGUACUUUAUAGUUUUUGCCGUUGUAACUACAAAACUUAAGACUUGUUUCCCUGACGUCUCUGCACUAGAUUAAGCAUUGCUUCAGUUCAGAUUAGCACGUGAUGUUGGUCCAAAUCCUCCUUCGUUUUAGAAGAAUGUAUUUAUUAGCCACAUCUGGGCACUUAAGUAUCGAAUACAUUUGUUGAUUGUCUUGUUCAUGUCACUAUGUUUUUGUUUUUCCUUUCCCAAAAUGCUGAAUUUUUAGAAAUUGUUUGAAUUCAUAGUUCUUCCAACUCAACCGGAAUAGUUUUUCAAUUUUUUAGUUUUCUCUUUUCGUGGAUCAAAGGAACUAUGAACAGUUUUGUAAAAUCAAAGAUUCCAAAAAUUGUAAGUUUGAAAAAGUUCCAGUUUUUACGAGCAGUAUUUUCGGGUAUAGUAUCCGGUUUUAUAUUCAUCACGCGAGCAAAAUUAAGUAUAAUAGUUUUGUUUGUGGAAACACCACGUAAAUUUAUUACUGCAUAAUAAAUUAAAGUGGUGUUUCCACAAACAAAACUAUUACAUGUUUUAUCGCCAUGCAAACAUACAAAGAACUUAAAAUUAAGUAUAUAGUUGACUUAGUUCCUCAUGAGUUAUUAUUAAGUUGGAGAUAGUAUGGUAUGCUUUGUCGUGGUAGGUUUGGAUUGUAUGGUAUGAAUUACACAUAUUUUGCUGUAGGCAUGUCAAGAAGGGAAAAAAGCAAUAAAGAAAAACUUGAACGAGCAAUUUGCAAAAUUUCCAGGUAAUCUGACAUUAUUUCUCAAUUCAAUUCUCAAGGCAUCUAAGAAUUGGAUCUUUCAUGGGAAACGAAACGGUAUUCAAUGUUAACUUAAAAUGCAUUGAUCAUACUGUAACUAUUGUUGUAAUAUCUAUUGUCAGUGAAACAACAUCUGAAGAAGUCAGUGACGCUGGACUAUUCUGUUGUGAAGAAACCUGAGUAUAAAACUGACGCUGUCGAUCUCUUUUUAAAGGUACAAUUAACCUUUAGAAAGCAUGCAUGGGUGGCAUUGCUCUUUACUACAAGCCUACCAGUGAAUGUCAAUGGUAGGAUGUGUCAUUCGUUUCAAAACUGCUACUAUAAUAUAAUUGAGAAGUAGAGAAGAAAGGUGUUAUAGGGAUGAAGUUAACUUGGUAACACGUUACAAUUCUGAGACUGGUUAAUCUCUUAAUCUCAUUUUUCAGGGUGAAUUUCAACCGUCAGGUGGUGACAGGACCUGGCUACACCAACCCGCUGGAUUGUCACGUGAUGACUCUCGUGAUCGAAUGAUGUACGUCACAAUUAUGGAUCACAUGAUCAAUAGCGCAAGUCAUGCAUAUUAUAACCAGAAUGCCAUGCGAGUGCAGGUCGCAGUAAAACAGGUAAUUUUACUGUAAUUGCAACUAAUAGACAGAUUUAGAUCGAAGACGCGGACGUCAAAGACGACGACGUGAAAAUGGCUUGUUGUGCCGUAUGGUAUGCCACGCCAUUUUCACGCGUCAUCUUUGACGUUCACGUCAUCUAAAUCUGUCUAUUAUAAAAUGUUGACAACGCAAGUAAAGAUGACGUCAUACAAGUUGCGGUAAUGUUCGGUAACAACCUUUGAUAUCGAGCCAUAUAAAAAACCGUAAGAAUAUUGUGCACGAAACAUUGCAAUUUGCUUCUCUUUGCUAUUUCGUUCUAAACUAUAUUCUGUUCUAAACUAUAUUCUGUUCUAAACUAUAUUCUGUUCUAAACUAUAUUCUCUUCUAAACUAUAUUCUCUUCUAAACUAUAUUCUCUUCUAAACUAUAUUCUCUUCUAAACUAUAUUCUCUUCUAAACUAUAUUCUCUUCUAAACUAUAUUCUGUUCUAAACUAUAUUCUCUUCUAAACUAUAUUCUCUUCUAAACUAUAUUCUCUUCUAAACUAUAUUCUCUUCUAAACUAUAUUCUCUUCUAAACUAUAUUCUCUUCUAAACUAUAUUCUCUUCUAAACUAUAUUCUCUUCUAAACUAUAUUCUCUUCUAAACUAUAUUCUGUUCUAAACUAUAUUCUCUUCUAAACUAUAUUCUCUUCUAAACUAUAUUCUCUUCUAAACUAUAUUCUCUUCUAAACUAUAUUCUCUUCUAAACUAUAUUCUCUUCUAAACUAUAUUCUCUUCUAAACUAUAUUCUCUUCAGAAGAGAAUAUAGUUUAGAAGAGAAUAUAGUCGUUUAGAAUCUAAACUAUAUUCUCUUCUAAACCAUUCUAUUUUAACCUAUUGUAUUAUAAUAAUCUAUUGCCUAUUCUAUUUGCAGAAAAUAGAAAAAGGUAUACAAAUCCCCCUCUGAAAAUAUCUAUCAUAUCCUAGCAUUAUUUAUUAAAUGUUUUCUUUUAGAUGCCUCAACUGUUUGCCAAGACGAGAAUUCCUGAGAGCUAUCUCUCGCGCAUAAACACUGGUCUAGGACUAGUAAGUCAUACUAAAUUUUCAUCUUUAAGAAAUCUUUUAAGGCCUGGUCAAAUGAGUCCUCAACUCUCAUCCGGCUCAAAACGGAACAUAUAUUUUCUGUGUAGAUCAAGCAGUCCGCGUGUUCGACCUGUGACCUCCAUAUCUCUUUGGCAGCUAUGUCACCACCGCAAAUUAGAACAAGUCAUUCUGGGAUACAUUUGACUGUUCAUGCAAUGGCAAAGAUCUAUGUAGUAUUGCCCAAUAACAUCAAACAAUGGCUGGAUCUUGAAACGGUUUGUAUUAAAUAACCUGAAUAGUGUUACAGUAAUUGAAGUUGACUGUAGACUUUUUUCCAUUGCUUUGAAAUGGGUCAACAUUGUCCUCGAAUUACCUAACGAAAUUUACUUUGUCAAUUAUAGAACUUUGAAUUCCCACAUUUCCAAUGCCCGCGCGAAAAACAACGAGAACCAACUACUUGUCAAGAUAUUGAGUUGUUUUUUUUUCAUUUAGAACGUCACUGCAACUGCAAUUCCGAAAUUGAAUGGAACAAAUUUGAGUACAAAUAUCACAGAUUUUAAGUAAGAUUUAUUCUUUUUUAAUAUAUUGUAUAUAACGUAAUUGUUCUCAUUAUAUAGGGACCCGGGGACCGUUCAUUAUUUAUACCCAUAUUUAUAGAGAGGAGGGGGGCCCUUCGUUAAUUAAGAACAUCUUAAAGAGGAGGGUGUUCCAUGAUUUUUCUAUAUGAUAUAAGAAUGUCCCACCCUAAGUUAUAAAUAAUGAACGUUAACAUACAGAGUUAACAUAAUUAUUGUCUUUUUAUCUUUAGGAUAAAUACAAAAGUUCUGAAUCAGACAGUGUUCACAGCAUUAUCGGUAUAAUACUUUUUCAUAGUUUGUUGAAGUUUGUCGUUUAUAUUAUUGUUACGCUGAAAGAGUUUUAAAUACAAUAGAGAAAACAUUUUUUGCAUAUUGAUUCCUAUUAUCAUUUAGGGAAGAGUGGCUGAGAUGAAAAGAAUUGUUAAAGAACAAAUUGAAAAACUUUUGGAGAAUGGUAUUUCAGGUAAAGAAAUAUUAAUUACGAUACAAGUCCUGGUCUAUACAUGCCUAAUGGCCUCAUGGAUUCUAAUAUCCCUUUACAACCUUCUGCAUGCUCUCAUAAUGUACUAUUGCAAGCUCUUAUACACCAUCGCGUUGCACCAUUUUGAAAUUUCAUGCUAGAAUAUUUUGCUUGACAACUUCUACGCGCUAAUAUGCGAAAGAUUCAAAUGUGUUGAGCCCACGUUUCUCGUUUAAUAUGUGCCACGCUGGAAAGCAUGCAUUUGUUUUGUCUUUUUAGCGAUGGAAAUUCCUUUGCCUCUCUCAGAAAAAUUCCAGUUGGUGAAACCAAAGAUCUCGUACGGGCAGGUAAUAUUAAAUCCAUUGUAAAUAUUUUUAUGUUAUAACAUGAUGUUUUAACGUAAUUUUACCAAAAUCAGAAUCGCAGUAGAGUUUUAACUACGAAACGGAUAGUUAAAAAAGAUUUAAGAGUUAUUAUAUAACCAACUCCUGGUGGUCGCAAUGCUAUUUGUGAUUUUCGUUUUGGUGCAAGUCCGCUUAUUGAAGCGAAGACCUCCGGCGCUCACACGAGGGAGCUUAGUCAUAUGGGAUUAGCCUGUAUUCGUCUACGCUUGUGACAAACAGCGUGUCUAUUUUUUCUAGGGGUACAUGACUCUGGAAACUGAUGUCUUAAUCAUCUGA